GACAUCCGAAGUAAUGGAGUUCCAUCAGCAGUGAAUCGGAAGCAAGGCAUCACUCUUGUCCGGUAUACGAUGGGACACCUAGUCGUCGCCCUUAUCGCCGUGUGCGCCCUUUCGUCCUCCUCCGUUCUCGCCGAGGAGGCGUACACCACGAAAUUCGACAAUGUAGACGUGGACGCGAUAAUAAACAAUGACAGACUGUUGAACGGAUACGUGGGUUGCCUGCUCGAUCGGAACCCCUGCACUCCGGACGCGGCAGAGUUAAAAAAAAAUCUGCCGGAUGCGUUGGAGCACGACUGUGCCGGAUGUAGCGAGGCGCAGAAGAAUAUGGCCGACAAGAUCUCCCAUCAUCUAAUCGACAAUAGGCCGGACGACUGGAAAUUGUUGGAGGACAAAUUCGACCCUACCGGGGCGUACCGACGACGCUACCUGGAGAAUAAAUCCAGGGAAGGGGGCAGGGUAGACUAAAAUCCGUUCCCCGUCGCCCGUAAGGACCCGUAAUGCCCGACUCCGAUGCCGACCUCGGCUCCGUCUUCCGGAUUUGAUUGCUUACCUUGUAAUCCUUGUCACACACGGCGGUUUCACUUUACGUAAUGAUUGCGUAACGGAAAACCCUGUCGCGCGUUCCAUCAUCUUUCGGAACCUGGAAGUUUCCAUGUAUAUUGAGACGGGACAUUUAAAAAAAAAGUCAACAACAAAACAAACUAGAGUUUUACGUUAAUUAUACGUUGCACUUUUGCACUAACGCGUAAUAGCCUCUUGUUGCCGUAAGAUUUGAUUUAAAUCUCUGGUUAAAAGCGCGCUUGAACGUUUAAAUGUGUACUUACUUUAUUUUGAUUUAUCAGACUUACUGACUUUUAAAGGCGAAUAUUUUAUUUAACGUAACGAGCUAAUGUCCUUGAAUUAACGAGUCGUUUCACAAGUCUUUUUGUUCACGUAGAUCGGCAAAUAACGUGUAAUGAGAAUUGAUCGGCAAUGUAUGUGUAAAAAGAGAUUCACCAGAAUGUAUUUCUAUUUCAAUAUCGAGAAUACAAGGGCAAGGAUUCAUUCCAAUCAUUCAUGAAAAUGGUUUAAUUAAUAAAAGUGUUGUGGUAGGAUAAUUAGAAUUGUGCAAUUAGAGUAUAUAUCGCAAUAAUGUAUUAUAUUACGCACAUAAAGGGAAAUAACGUACGAUGCAUAGAGAGAAAAAGGAGAGAGAAGCAUUAAAAAUAAUUCGCUGCAAAUAAUGAUCCCGCACGUAGAAAUAGGUGAAGCAAUUUCGGUACAAUUAUCCUUGCAUAACGACGAAGGAACGAUUACAUCUAACUCCAUAAUGCGAUAUCUACAACGAUACAUUGACAAGAAAAAUAAAGAAGAAAGAGAACAUUGUGCACUCGAGUCUCUUUGCAAUUACUUGAUAGAUUAGCCUCAACUCUGAUGUGUUUUUCCUCAAAAUCUAUACGUGUUUCAAUUACAAAGCUUGUAAUACAGCUAAAUAUUUAAUCAUUCCCGUCGUUAUACAAAAAAAUAUACAUCGUCUUAUUAUAUUAA